AGGAUCAUCUAAUCCUAGAAAGGUAAAAAGAGUUCGAGGGAGCAAUAAGUUCAAGGAAGUUGCAUCACUUGAAGUCGGUCAGAAGCUGAGAGUAACCUUUUACAAUAAUCGAACGGUUGGAAAAAAUAGCAAUCUAUUUUCGAGACACUAGGGAAAAAUAAUUUGUGACAGUAACAUGUGUCCAUUGGAUGUAUCAUCCUAGAGUGAUAUUAAGAAACAAAAUUUGGAUCACAUAUGGGCAGCUAUUAAGGAUAAAUUUGAGAGUGAUGAUAUGAAUGAUCAUCGCGAUUAUAUCUUUGGAUGGAUGAAUGAGUCGUGGAACAAAUGGAGAGGAUACUUGCAUAGUAAGUAUGUGAAGAAUAAGUCAAUGGUACAGGCUCUUAAGUAUAAAUCAGAGAGAGUAGACAAGAAGGAUUGGGAGUGGUUAGUUAAGGAACAUUUUUGUUCCAAAAGUUUUCAGGCGGGAAGCAGAAGGAAUACAGCAAACGAGCUAAUUUGAUAAUGCUUCAUCAUAUUGGUAGCAAUCCUAUUCGAGAGAUAAUGUAUCAGCAGGGCGGGAAAGAUGGCAAUCCUUCUGAUUUGGGAACUAUUUUCAAUGAGACUCGUAAGAAACACAACAAGCCUGUUGAACCUGAAGAAAUUGAAAAACAUGCUCAGAUCAAAGAAAUUGUGAAAGCAGAGCCAUCUCUACCUAGCAUAGAGAUUGUAGAAAAAUAUUGGGGACCUCAAAAUCGUAGUCAUGUAGUUUGCUUUGGAGGUGGAGUAAAGUCGAAAGAUAUGAAAGGGGGCACUUCUUCAAAGACUAAACUAUUGCCCGCUCUACGUUCAACUCGAGAGGACAAUAAAUCCUUGAUUGAGGAAAAUAAAUCGUUGAAUGAUCGUUGGUCAACCUUAGAAGAUGAUAUGGAAAAAAUAAGAAAAAUGCAAGAAUUUUUUGCUGCUCAACAAUCACAUAUCCCUCGUACGACCUCACCCGUUUCAACUGAAUGACACUGGCUUAUUUUCCUGUUCAAGUAAGUACUUAUUUUGCUUGGUUAUUAGUUAACUACAUUUUGUCAAGAUUAUACCUUGAACUUGGUUGUAUAAUUAUGUUAGGGUGCAUUUACCGUUAUUUUCAUGUAUAACAUUAUUAGAAGUGGACUUUUGUAUAGGGAUUGGGGUAUGGGGGGCUUGAGUAUUUCUUGGUGAUGCUUGGAUUAUAAGUAAAUGUGCUUCUUGACAUAGUGUAUUUUUGUUUAACAAAGAAAAUGUAUGACUGAAAAUGAGGAUGUACAAGUGAUGCUGCGAGUAACAAGAGCAGACUGCUGCUUCUUAUGUGUCUACACAUCUAGAUAGCAGAGCCAUCUUUCAUUCCUUAAAUUUGAGUUCGAAUAUUUGAUUAUGUUGCAAAUUUUCUACCUGAUGCUAUCAAGCUACAUAUCCUUCUCUAUUUGGCAGCAAUUUUCCAUCUCUAUAUAAAACAAUAAC